AACCGGUGACGUCCGUUCCAUAUCAAAGUUCAGAGUUCAGUGGGCCGAACACCACAGAUAAACAUGGCGGACGUUGAAGGAAAAGACCCAACGCAGAAUGACAGCGUUUCACACACUGAAGAUGGGUCUGAGUCUAAGAACCAUGCUAUUGCACUUGCUAAAAAUGAGGGGAAAGAGUUGACCAAAGAGGAGAAACAACGGCUGAGGAAAGAGAAGAAACAGCAGAAGAAAAACAAGAAGGAUGACAAGAACCCUCCGGAGCCCACUACUGAAAAGAAGCAAUCAGUGCAGAAAGCAGUGGCAGCAGCUGCUGAGUUGCCUGCACCUGCAGACAAGCUGGCUAAGGGCAAGGCGGAGCUUCGGGCCGAGAGGCGGGCUCGGCAGGAGGCGGGCCGUGCCACUAAACCGGGCAAGAAAGCUGAUCCAGGCCAGCCCCCUUCCACUGCCAAGCCCAAAGCCCCGCCCAGCGACCUGCAGCCAGUGGUGAAAAGACUCCCAGAACACAUUCAGGCGGAUGAUCCUGCUGUAGUGAAGAAACUGGCCAAGAAGUUAGAGAGGCAACAGAUCCCGCUGAGGUCAGACUACGGCUACAAGGUUAGCCUUUUCUCCCAUUUGCACCAGUACAGCCGCAAAGCACCUCUCACCCAGCACAUCAGUAUUCCCUCCACGGUGAUCCACCCUGCCAUCGUCCGGCUGGGCCUGCAGUACUCGCAGGGCAUCGUGGCUGGGUCCAACUCCCGCUCCAUCGCUCUGCUGCAUGCCUUCAAACAGGUCAUUCGAGACUACAGCACCCCUCCAAAUGAGGAACUAUCCAGAGACCUUGUUAACAAACUAAAACCUUAUAUCAGUUUUCUCAACCAGUGUCGCCCUCUGUCAGCUAGUAUGGGAAAUGCAAUUAAAUACAUGAAGAAGGAGAUCUCCAACAUCCCCAGUCAGUGCAGAGAGGAAGAGGCGAAGGCCGGACUGCUUGCGUGCAUCGACAAGUACAUCAUAGAGAAGAUUCAGCUGGCUGCCAAGGCAAUUUCCAAAUACGCCAUUGAGAAAAUCAGCGAUGGGGAUGUCAUCCUGGUGUAUGGGUGCUCCUCACUGGUGAACCACAUCCUGUCGGAGGCCUUUGAGAAGGAGAAGAGGAAGUUCCGGGUGAUCGUGGUGGACAGCCGGCCACGGCUGGAGGGUCGGGAGGCUCUGCGGCGGCUGGUGAAGAAGGGGAUUCACUGCACCUAUGUGCUGAUCUCCGCCCUGUCCUACAUCCUGCCUGAGGUGUCGAAGGUGUUCCUUGGGGCACAUGCACUCCUGGCCAAUGGCUAUGUGAUGUCACGCGUGGGGACUUCCCAGAUUGCUCUGGUGGCCAAGGCCUACAAUGUUCCUGUGCUGGUGUGCUGUGAGACGUACAAGUUCUGUGAGAGAGUGCAGACAGACUCCUUCGUGUCCAAUGAGCUCGAUGACCCGGAUGACCUCAUUGUGACGCGUAAGGGGAAGACCCAGCUGGAGCACUGGCAGGAAGUGAGGUCGUUGGGAUUGCUGAACCUUGUGUAUGAUGUGACUCCUCCGGACUUUGUGGACCUGGUGAUCACAGACUUGGGGAUGAUCCCCUGCACCUCCGUGCCUGUGGUUCUGAGGGUCAAAAACGUGGAGCAGUGAUCUCUUGCCCAGUGGCAGAAAGGCAAGCUUGUCCGCACAUCAUGUGUGUACUCUGGCAUACAAUAAACACAUUUAAACAGAA